GACGCCUGAGGCAACGAUCCCCCGGGCUGAUUGGGUGCCACCGACCCACGGGGUGACGUGCACGGGCCCACACCACGUGACCGACACCUAUUCUUGGGGCGUUUUGGGGCUGGCCGUCUUUCAUCAUGGCGGCUUUGCGACCCCAGAUCGUCUGCUUCGCCUCGAUCGUCAUCCCCUAUUUCCUUUCUUUUCUCCCCCCUCCCCCGCUGAGAGAAAAUGAGGUCCUUUCCCUCCCUCUCCCUCUCUGGCUCCGCGACUGUGCCCUGAUUACCAUGUUUAUUUCCGACUGCGAUCCCGAUGAGGGCCUGUCCACCAGCGUCGCCCGCGGGCCCGACCCACGCGUGUUUGACAAGCCCCCUUACUUCGACACCACCAUUCAAGUCGAUUCGAUCGAAUCGCCUCCAGCGCUUGACUCAGACGGGGGCCCAUCCUUACAGAAAGGGUACGAGCUGCAGGAUUUGGGCCCGGUUGUUGGCGAGGACCAGGGAAAUGCCUCAACGGGUACCGAACGCCUGCUGGGAGAAGAAGGUCUCUCUUGGAAGAAUCAGCAGGGCACCUCAUUUACGGCCAAUGCUGCACACCCAUUGUUCCCUCCGUUGCCGUCUUACGGCCCGCCCUCGUUGAUUUCUUCCGUUCAAUACCUCAUCAUUCGAUGCGUAUCCUUCGUCUUGUCCCUCGUCUUCCUCAGCACCGUCAUCCUGGGCGCCCUCGUUCACACCGCCAGCGCGUCUGUCUCGGACCUGCGUCACAAACUCGGCGGACCUGCUCCCAACACACCGAGCAGGUUUGAUGAGGAAGAGCGGUCACGGCGAGUGGAGCGCAACCAAGCCUCCCGGCGGUGGAGCUACCGACAAGAGAAGGAGGUGAACGAGGAAGGCCUCGAUGAAUGUCCGCCUCUGGAAGGGGGCAAGGAUCCGAUUGUCUGCGAUGUGGCCUACUACGCGAGACGGGUUGGGCUAGACGUGGAGACGUUCAAGGUUCAGACGGAGGAUGGGUUUGUUCUCACGCUCUGGCAUGUCUACAACCCGCAGGAAUACACCCCCUUGCCUCCUAAGGCCCGGCGGCCUCGGGGACCACACGUUUUCGGCGGCCAGAAGAACCCCGAGACCUCGCGUGCUCCACGCAAAUACCCCGUGCUCCUGAUACAUGGGCUGCUGCAGAGUGCCGGGGCGUUUUGCGCCAACGAUGACGACAGUCUUGCAUUCUUUCUCUGCAAAUCGGGCUACGAUGUGUGGCUCGGGAACAAUCGCUGCGGCAUGGUUCCGGAACAUACGACGCUGUUCCAGUCGGACCCGCGGAUGUGGGCGUGGAACAUCCAACAGAUGGGCGUGCUGGACCUGCCGGCGCUGGUGUCGCGGGUGCUCUUCGAGACGGGCUUUGACAAAUUGGGUCUCGUUUGCCACUCGCAAGGCAGCGCGGAGACCUUUAUCGCGCUGGCCAAGGACCAGCGCCCCGAGCUCGGGGAGCGGAUCUCGGUGUUUUGCGCCCUCGCGCCGGCCGUGUACGCGGGUCCCCUGGUUGAACGCGUCUACUUCCGCUUCAUGCGGAUGAUUCCGCCAUUCGUUUUCCGGGCCUUUUUCGGCAUCCAUGCGUUCAUUCCGUUCAUGAUGACGGUGCACCGCCGGCUACAGCCGCGGAUCUACGGCACCCUGGGGUACUACGUCUUCUCGUUUCUGUUUGGGUGGAAGGAUGCACGCUGGGACCGGGCCCUCCGGGACCGGAUGUUCCAGUUUGCGCCCGUGUAUGUCAGCGCGGAGGCGAUGCGGUGGUGGUUGGGCGGCGAGUGUUUUGCGCACCAGAAAUGCAUCCUGGCCCCGCGCGAGGUCACGCUGGCGGAGGCGGAGGAAGAUCAUCGUGGGGAGCGGGGCCAUGCAGACGCUCUGCGCAGCGACACGGCGUGGUAUGGCCCUCAGGCCCCUCCGUUUGCGCUUUGGAUCGCGGGAUCGGAUGGUCUCGUGGACGGACAACGGUUGUUGCACCGUCUCCAAAAUGGGCGCGAGCCGCAUGUCCGGGUGGUGCACGCGAAGGUCAUCGAAGAGUAUGAGCAUCUGGAUGUGUUGUGGGCGAUGGAUGCGAUCGACCAGGUGGGCCAGGAGGUGCGGCAGGUGCUUUGGCAGACGAUGCCGCAAGAGGCACGGACCGUAUGCCGGAUGCCGCGGGGAGUGUGGCUGAGCCCCGAUGAAUCAUGGACGAUGACAACCUGAUAGAUGGAUAGACCGGAUAAACGGAUGGCGCAUGUACAUAGACGAGGGGACAACGGUUGAUAUUCUUAAUGCUUAAUGGCUCCGGGGAUGCAGAUGAUUCCAUCAGGUGUUGUCCGCGAAGUAGUAGCUAAGUCCGACUGGGGCCGGGUUGAUUGCGAGCCGGCCAAUCCGGACCCGGGGGUUUACGAGCAUGGGCCUCGAGUAAGACCGACUAAGACUCCUGGCAUCCCCGUUGGCAGUUUGCUUAAUCGUAGAG